AAUAUUUAGUUGUCUCUGACCUACUCCAACAGUGACUUAAAUUAUGUUCCAUUGGACACAAUUCGAACAAGCAGUGCAAGUGUCUCUUAUCUUGACCUAAGAUUGGGGAAUUCACUGGUCGCAAUGUUUACACUUUUUGUGUUCAUGCUGGUGUUUCCGGUGUUUGCACAUGCGCAAGGCGAAUGUCCGUUGUCUCAUUGCCCGGAUGGAUGGGUUACGUUCCGGGGCUCGUGCUAUUACAUCAGCGAUAACGUCAGCGUCGACUGGACAGAGGCCGGGCACCACUGUCAGUUACACCACGCGGAUCUGGUUGUCAUAGAAACGAAGGAAGAGGACAUGUUUAUCCGCUCUCAGCUCGAGAGGAUGUACAGACUAUCCAACCAGCAUGCCGGGGAGGAGUUUUGGUUGGCGGCCAAUGACCAGAUGGUGGAGGGGGUGUGGACGUGGUAUACCAACGACACACCCCUGGAGUACACUGGCUGGUAUCCUGGACAGCCCGGAAGUGAGGGAGACGAGGACUGUGCGGUGAUCGCCAGCCGUCCCGACAACGGGAAUCUCGUGUUUAACGGAUGGCACGACGCUCCAUGCGCAGCCCGUCACCAUCCCAUAUGUGAAAUAAGUUCCGGGCAGUAUGAGCCAGGCGUUGUUGGCAAAUGAACAUAUAACGACCGAACAGAAACUACCAUUACUCUUCAUUGUUCCUUUCAAACACGCAAAUAAAUGUGUGUUUUUUUUAUUUU